AUGGUAAGAGAGCAACCAACGCCUUCAUCUGGAAUAUACUACAGUAUUGAGAAGAGGCUCGAGCCGGCGGAGGAAAACGAAGGGAAAGAACAGAAAGAAUUUGAUAAUUCCUCCUGCAAAAUCGGUUGCACCAUCUUCCUGGGUUACACCUCCAACCUCAUCAGCUCCGGGAUCAGAGAGAGCAUCCGUUAUCUUGCAGAACACAGAAUGGUGGAUGUGAUCGUCACCACAGCUGGAGGCAUAGAGGAGGAUCUGAUCAAGUGUCUGGCUCAUACCUACUUGGGAGACUUUAAUCUGCCUGGCAAGGAGCUCCGUCUAAAAGGCAUCAACAGGAUAGGAAAUUUGUUGGUGCCCAAUGAUAACUACUGUAAGUUUGAGGACUGGCUGAUACCCAUUCUGGACCAGAUGCUGUUGGAGCAGAACACAGAAGGCAUUUGUUGGACUCCAUCGAAAAUGAUCCAUAGGCUUGGAAAGGAGAUCAAUAACCCUGACUCUGUCUACUACUGGGCCUACAAGAAUGACAUUCCAGUAUUCAGUCCUGCUCUGACUGAUGGUUCUCUGGGUGACAUGCUCUACUUCCACUCCUAUAAGAAUCCUGGCUUAGUGUUGGACAUAGUCGAAGAUAUCAGGAAGAUAAACAGCCAGGCGGUCUAUGCCAAGCGGACAGGAAUGAUCAUCCUGGGAGGUGGCCUGGUCAAACAUCACAUAGCUAAUGCUAACCUUAUGAGGAAUGGAGCUGACUAUUCUGUUUAUGUAAACACUGGUCAGGAGUUUGAUGGAUCUGACUCUGGGGCCCGACCUGAUGAGGCAGUGUCCUGGGGAAAGAUUAGAACUGACGCCAGACCCGUCAAGGUGUAUGCAGAUGCCUCCUUAGUUUUCCCUUUGAUUGUGGCUGAGACCUUCGCACUCCACGCCGACAAGUUGAAUGCUGGCAAGAAGACAGAUUAAAUGUUUUCCUCCUCACAUGAUUGUUAGAAACCACAACCGGCUUUGUACCUCUGGCUCUUCCCGUCUUUGUCUUUUUGAAAAUCUAAGUUUAUGAUCUUCUGAACCUUCGCGCUGAAAACACCAUUAAGACCGAGCACUUUUCCAGGUCAGCGUUACAGUGAAACCUUGAAGCUGUGAAAUGGAAUGCUCGUAAACAGCAGACACCAGUGAGAAAUUCCUCUUAAUGCUUUCCAUACCGAUAUUUACAUGUUAAAACAAGUACUGUUUUCUUUGUGUUCAGACGGCCGAAAUAGCGCCAUAGUGUGCUAUAGCAUGUACCAAAGAGACUGUUCAGAAGGCGGUGGGG